AAAGGCAUUAGUGUCUAGACAAUGGCAGUCUGAAUAACAUCGGUGUUGUCAUAUCAACUAGAAUCCCUCAAAUAAUUCAUAGCAACUCGUGAGGAGUCGUGAAUCCAGUGCGCGAAACACGAUGUUAGUGACUAGUUUAGUGCAGUGUUCGAUAAAUUUUUCGGAAGUGAGUUAUCUUUGACACAGAUUAUCCACCGAUUACCUUUACAACUUAUUUCGCAGUUCAAUCCUUGAGAAGGUCGUGCUUUAAACCGUGAGAAUGUAGUUGUAGUGGUUAUAGUGAUUUGGGGUUGUGCAUCGUACACCUGUUAUCUACUCACUAAUGAAUUGUUAGGAUAACAAUUACAACAUGGAGAAAACAUCAUCACGCCAGAAACGAAAGAAGAAUGGUCGAUCAUUCUACCUAGACCACCAAAUACCUGAUGCUCCCACCAUGGAAGAAUUCGAAUGCCUCCUUGGUGAGUCACCAACGAACUAUCCCCGAGUAGAAGGCGUGGAGAAUAUGGAGAGCGAGCUCCACUCAGCCGCUAUCGAUACAGAAUCCCUCGAUAAGUUAGAUAUGACGUCAAAAUCGGAAUCCCCAAAUCCUGCAGAAAUUCUUCAAGAAGUUGACCAAGUUGACUCAGUAUCGACACCACAAGAUACAGUGGAAGACACCCCAGAAGCUGUCGAGGAGAUUCAGGACUUGGUAUCGUCCGUGAAACUCUCAGAUGCCCCAACAGCCCCGAGCAUCGAGGAAGCGCCUGUGAUAACCUCCAUCGUCUCCAAGGGCGGUUCACUCUCUUCCAAGACCACUUCAUCAUCAUCUGAACAGGAUGAAGCCUCUGCAGUGACUUCAAAAACCUCAAAAAUCAAGAUGAUCACUCCCUUCUCAGACACCCAACUAGCUUCUCUCUACACAAACGCUGAGCUCUCUCUUGUGGACUCCUUCAUAACCGAAUUUGUCGAAACCCAAUUGCGUUCUAGUUCCGUCAGGCAGCAACAUCGCCUCCACGAACUACUAAUGUCCUACCUCCGAAUCCGCAAUCACCUGAUCCUGAACUCCCAUGAACUUGAGCUCCUCAAGAAAAACUGCAAGGAAGUCCAGAAGCAACUUUGGCAUCUGGAUAAAGCCUCAAUAACAGAGUCUGGUGAAUGUCAAGAUGGCAAUCCAGUUUCAGCAUCUCAUGAGUACUCAAUAGCUCACUUCAACCAGCAUGCACUCACCUCAUUGACCAAGAACCUCUCCGCUAUUAAAGAGCUUCUCCACAACGCUCAAGCCCUAUACUCCUACGAAGCAGAGAUGCUAAAGCUUCAGAUCGAACAUUACGUUCAACGAGUUUGCAUGUGUUGCAAGGAACUGGUGACUUUACCCCAAAACGCACCAGUCAAUCUAACUGCCAUUCAAAUGGCGUCCCAAACAAUGCCACAGCUCCUGGAACUUAGGAUGUGCAUCACUGUCCUGUUUAACUUUCAGAGGAGAGUCCUCAAGGAUGGAAAGUUUGUUCUGGACUCGAGGGAGUGGCUCUCUAGACUAAUAGCCGUUCUCCUGAGAAUCGCUAAUUGGCAGGACCAUUUAUUUAUUCUAAAUCAUAUUUUAAGAUGCCCUGGAGGCGUUACAAACUGGGCAGCUGGAUUUGUCCAGGCACCGGCCGCCCCCAAGAACAGGAGUAUCAGCACUUCUGUUCUUAACGAUCCUUAUCUGGAUCAUAUGAUUGCGACCCUUGCUGUUAUUCUAUUACCCAUCAAAGAGAGGGAGAAAUUUCUGGAGCAGGUGCAGAUAUCUCUACAAGAUACUGGCACAAACCCUGGGGAUACUGUUUGGGUGAUGUUGGAUGAAGAAGGCGAAGAGGAUGAAGACAUUGCUAAUACUGGCGCCAAUUUGUGGGAGAGCGAUCUCAUCACUCUUCUCAAUCAAAUACCACUGGACAAGCUAUUUGAACAAGUUUUGUUGAUUGAAAAGAUGGAGGAAGGCUACCGUCAAGACGUCAGAGGCAUCACCGAGCCCCACAUGCUCAAGAUCUUUGCCUUCUUUACCGUCGUUGUGAGACUGUUUAAACAGGGACUGAGGACUUAUGAUUCUCCCAGGUACAGGCAGCUUGCGAAGAGACUCUCUGCACUCAUUCGGGACGUUGUACAAUAUACCAGUGAUCAGUGGGAAGCCUUCGACAAGACUCAAAUAUCCGAUCAAUCAAUGCAGGUCAGGCUGCAGACCGAGUACGAUUGCUUCUUCCUGAGAGCAACUAUGUGCAUCUUUUCAUCGAGAAGACUUGGCGCCUGGCAGUACCUCGCUGCUAUUCCUUAUCAAAAUGUGUCUAUUCAUACUCUGUGGUACAUAUUCUACGCACUUCACAAAGACACCAUCUCCAUGGAUCCAGUUCCAAAUGACGUAAGUCCUCUGGAAUUGGAAACCGAGCUGAGUUCAGCGGAAAUUCGAAAGCAGUUCGAGGAGAAACUGAUUGACAUGCCUGGAGAUGAAUCUUACUUCCUUCUCACAACUUUCGCCAACAUGGCGAUGGCCAGAGGUCUCAAGGAUUACGACUUCAUUCGAGCCACCACUAUCGAUCUCUUUGAGAUUGGAUUCCUCAGUGAAACGACCCAGGAGGCUUGCUCCAAAGACGCCAGGUCCCUUUUAUCUAACUUGACCAGCAAACAUCCUUCAUUACUGUCUGACAUCCUCUUCAAACUAAAGGAUAACUUCGGAUCUGUUGGCAAACUCAGUUUGUAUUUAUUCACAGAGUUGAGUAUCAGCAAAUGGAUCCCGAGGGAGGAAGACAUCAGAAUUCUUGGUAAUUGGCUGCAUAAUUUUGGCCUGUCGUCUACAGAGAGUCAUCUAGCACGUCUCAUUCUGAAUCAUCUGAAUUGGGGGCUUGAUAAGAACGGAGAUCUGUACCUUCCACUGCAUCUCCAUUACACAAUAGCUCUUUUAGUGGUGGAGCUGACGAUCAAAUUUGUCCCAGACUCUACGCAGAACGCUUCCAUAAUUUUGGAGGGAGUGAAGCAGGUUUCCUCGAUAGUUAGACCUCAGAACAAUGAACUAGCUUUCUCCCUGUGGGCCUGGGACAUGGUGGCAAGGUUGAGACUCCAUCAGUUAGAUCAAUCGAACAUUGUCUGCAGAAAUGCUAUGAUCAAUCCUGCUGGAGCAUUUACCCACGUCCCAAAUAUAGAGUCAGAUCCAACGUUGGAGGUGCUGAGGAAUGGCAUGAGAGAUAUGCAGCCCAUGGCCCAUUAUGUUGCCGUUGCCAUGACCUUGCUCGGGCAUUCUGUGCCUCUCAUCUGUGAAGAGGGUUUCACUAGUCUUGCUGUGUUGACAUGCUAUCACAAGUACGAGCACAUACUGAUGGCUCUGCAGAAUAUUAUUCCUCUUUUUCUCGAGUGCGUCGAGUCACUGAUGAAGACUGUGAUGUUUUUGAGUGUUAUCAAAUCACUGAUCGCUGCCGACAGGACUUAUGUUAAGAUGGCCAAAAAUCUAAUUGCUCCAGAAUUUCCUGGGCCCAUGAUCAAACACUUUGGGAAUAUGGUGGAGAGCCACAUGGUUAAUUACAAGCGGUAUUGCCUGCAGUCUCCUGAACCUUUUGUAAGACUAUGGCUGGAGAUUCUGGUAGGGUUGCCUGACUGGAAUAGAGAUCCAAAUAUCAUGUAUCUCAUGGACAUUGUCGUUCGAGCCGCGUUCUUUCACAUUGAGGCACGAACAACUAGUAAUAUUAUCUUCCAGAGUUUAUAUUCGCAUUCCUCUGAGGGAAAUAUCGAGAAUCUCAAAUCAGGCAAGUCAUCGGGGUCCAUUAGCUCUUUUCUGAGUUGGGCGACUGGGGCAGGCAAUUCUCCAAGUCUCCUAGGAGGUUCCAUUCAAUCAGUGUGGCUGGCACACAUUGUCUUGACUAUCGAACAACAAGAAAAAGAAAUCAAAUCGGGCCUCUGGAUGGAAUUUCGUCGAGAGCUCUCUCAACACUCAAAACCCUCCCUGGACACAGCUUUAAAACGUGCCUGCGUCAUCCGAAAAAUUCCACCCUUCGGCUCCAACUGCCUCGCAAUCUACCGUUGGUCACAACAAGCCUUGGACACUCCGAUGAAUCAUCCCCUGCUGCCCCUCCUCUGGCAAAACUUCUUCUCAUUAUUUCUCUCGCGAGUCCCAACAUCCCCAGGUAUGCCAGACCGAGGUGGCCAAGGUGAUAAAUUCUUCGAGGGAAUGAUCAACCUGAGUUAUCUGAAGAGAGUGAAAAAAAGACUCCAUGACACGACUGAGUACUUCCAGAACAAGAGUGAACAUGAUGUGGACGAUGGAAAACCCAUGACAGAUGACAGAAGAAUUUUCUAUUUAAGUGCAGCAAAAUAUUACAAGACUCUAAGCCUCUGGCUGGAAGAACCCAGAUUACAAGAAUCGGGGCUCUAUCUUCCGGCCUUGCCACCGCAGUACAUGUCUCAGAAACUAAUCCUGCUAAUCCAGGAGGACACCACUCCCUGGUUGGAGUAUGUUGACUACUGCCAAGUGCAUCAAGAUCAAUUAAAAUCAGUUUCUGAAUGGGAAAGAAUGUGCUCAAGAGACAUUGACGAGGCUCAAACGAAAAUAGUGCAAACGCCAACGUCACCAUUGGAGCCUGCUGACCCCAUGAUGAGGAUCUUCAGGAGAUUGAAGAGCUACGAAACUGCCGAGUCACCUCCCAGCCUAUGCAAAUAUACAAUUGUUGUGGAGGACGUGUCCAGGGAGACUCUUUAUGAGCCUAAUGAAGUUAUCAAGGCUGCUAAACCUCAUCUCAAGGUAAUCACGGAUUAUGCACAGACUUAUAAUCUUAUGGUGUCGGAACAUACGGCCGUGGACUGUAAUUUUCUCGAGUUGAUCCCUACUUUGUACAGAGAAGUAGAAAGCAGAGUGACUCUUCAUGCACUUUGUGAUCCAGCACCUGCUGGUCAACGACGCUCAAGAUCAGGGACACCCCCCACAGUCCAUUGCGCUGGUCCCGCCGUGAUAAGAAUCAAAAUAUCCGAAGCUAAAGUGAGUGAUGGCAUUGACCAAAUGAUUUCUCAAAAUCGCGCUGAAUACGAGAACCUCCUCGUCAAAGCCUCCCAACCCCCACCUACCAAAGUCACCCAGGGCUGUGUAUUUGCUGACCACUUGAUAAAUCUCCUCGAGCACGAGUUAAACGUCCACCGCACAUGCGAGAACACUGCCAUGUUACGUAAAGUCCAGGAGAGUGGAGUUACACUGUUCUACCGUCUUGUUGAAUUUUACAAUGAGGAAGUUGCCUUGUGUCCACCCACGAAGCAGCUGAUAACCACGUGCAUCGAAAAGCUGGGACAAUUAUUUAUAUCCGGCGAAGAGGGAGAAGGGCCAAGAUUACUAAAUACCAUAAUGGAGAGGCCCAGUCUUGGGGGUCUUCUCGGACCUCACUUCACUCCCGUCGCCGGCGGAGCAUCGACCUUCAUCCAGAUGUAUCAGACUGUAGUGGACCUGUCGACUGGUUCCAAUGCCGAUUUGUGUUUCGUUCUUCUAUCUAAAUUUGAUGUGAGCAGUUGGCUAAAUUACCGUAGACCACGACUGAGUGAAAGAUCGAUGUUCAUCGAUCUAGUCUGCAAGGCUCUUUGCAACAUCGGACUUAAUCCAGAGGAAGACAAACUGAUACUUCACGAACUAUUCAGAAAUCAUCUGAGACUGGUCCUCCUCCACGAUUUCCCCGAGCACUACGGCGAGGUGUUGAGUGCAGUGUUAAGAGGCAGCGAAGGCCAAAAUCUGUCGUUGGACGUCUGGAGGGAUCUCCUGACGGCGUUGAGUGGCAAGCCAAAGGGUGCAGCGCUCAUUCAUCCCAACAAAGUCAGAGAAGAGAUCAGGAGAUAUGCCACCGAGCAGAGGCUCCUGUCGAGGCAGGAGAUCCAUGACACUGCGAUAUUAUUGAGCAAACACUUUAUGAAGGAGCGAUUGCAGUAUGGACUUUAUGGAUUAUAUCCCAAGUACAGAGUGUAUAAUGAGCCUCUUAUCAUGUUCCUGGGAAUGAUCGGACAUGCCCUUGUCGUUUUGACUCUUCAGUUUGACAGAGGCUCACUUGCUGAUCAGCUCUGCGAGAAGAUAUGGCCAGUAUUGAGUGACAUGUUUGCACCCUGGAUGACACCUUACUGGACGAGAAAUUUACGAGAACCCACUGCAGCAUGGAUUCAACAGCUCACUGAUGACCGGUCUGUACUUCUACCCUGGAUCAUCACGGAUGGACCUCAUGCUAACAGAACUGUCGCCAUGUUUGUUGAGUGCAUUAGGUUCAUUAUUGAUACCAUGCCUGCGUCCAGCAAAAUUUUGGGUUUCUUGUGGCAAUUCUACGUCAACAACUUUGCUCAUGCCUCCGUUAAGGAUCACAUUCUCAAUGUUGUCCAUGGGAAUUUCUUAUCACUGCCUUGGGACAGAUUUUCUCCUGGAAUCAAUGAUGUCGAGUUUAUGGUGAGGGUCGUUGAUCAGUAUCUACCCGACAGCCAUCUAUUCCUGGGAAGUGUAUUUAGUUCUAUUAAUUGGACAGUUUGGAUCAAUGAAGUGGCGAAUUGCCAACCGUUGACUGUUGCUGCUAGGAUGCACAUCUGUUUGCUGAAUUUGAUGGUGAAACUGUCCAAUGAACCGAAUGUUCGACAGAAUGAGAGAGCAAUUCAACUAGUAACAGAGGCUGAAAAAUUUGCCUGGCACUUGGUUGACGCAACGGCCUAUGAUCAAGUGAUAAACUGGCACGUAAUGAGCUGUGAUCCACGUGUUAUUCUGUCUUAUCCUGGGGAUCAAGUUCAUCCGAUUGACGUUGCUAUUAAUACGCUCUUGAAAGUGGUUGCGGCCUAUGACCCAUCGGUGACCCACUUCCACCCGACGACCCUGAAAAAACGCCAGAUGUACGUACGUUCAUCUGUGAAACUCCUUGUGAAUUGUACAACAAGGCACAAAUCCCUCGUCUCAACGAACAUGAAGGUUUUCACAUCAACAUUAUCGAGAAUGCUGAGUGAAAUGGAAAUUGUAAUAAUAAACACAGUAUCAGAACCCCAACAGGCAGCAGAAGCUGGCCUCCUCGUCACCGAGCUUUUGCAUUCGGUGAAUCAGAGUGGAGUUCUAGUGGAGCAGUUAAGAACUAGUUGGGCAAAUUGGUUGUCUGAAAAGACAGCCUCGUCGCCGAUUCUCCUGGGCAUCCUGAGGGUCAUUGGAAUCGCUGUGCCAUCCCCUUCAACCCUGGGGGAGCUCAUGGAGGCUGCGCUUGCGGCGUACUUCAAGCACAGUGUAACUGAUGAUUUGCAACCAACUUGGGGGGGAGUCUUGGGAAUUCUGCAGCCUUUUGUGCCUAGGCAACCACCAGUCGAGGGGGUUCUUGUGAGUGAGGGCAGACUUCUGUCCCUUUAUGCUGUUCUCAUGAAGAGAUUACCAUCGUGCAGAGACAUUAGGGAGGAGGGGAUGAUGCUGGUUAAUUUGAUUGAUUGGAUUUCAACUAUUAAACCGAUGGAAAAUAUCGAAGCUAAAUUACCCUUAUUAUGGGCGAAAGCAUUCGAAUUAUCGUAUCGUCAGUGUCAAUACAGUGAGAAUACGAUAAUAGCAGCACGUUCCCUGAAAAAACUUGCUCGUGCCUUAUUAACAAUGGCCGACGACGUGGGUCAAGGCUGGGGCAUACUCGGGGCCAUUGGUAUCAGAAAAGGAUCACAACUUUCAAUCAGAUGCAAGUUUCUAGCACGUGCACUCGGUGUUUACUGUCUCGCACAGUUACCGGAUUCCAAGUCAGAGCAGCAGAUCGUCCGUUUCACUCCUCAUUCACCUGGUAUUGCACCGUUGAGGAGCAAUGAGGUGGACACACUCGAGAUCAGGCCUAACGCUGAUGCUGUCAAGGGAAUUCAGUGCCUUGAAGCACUCGUUACUAAUAAACAGUAUGGAGAAGUAAAGGGAGAUAUCGAGGGAGCACUUAGGAUCAUCAGGGAUUCAGCUAAUUCACUCCAUAAUGCUGUUAGCAUCACUGGGACGCUCACGAACGAACUCUAUAGCGACAGGUUUCUUCACGUUUUGACAGAUUAGAAUUUUUUAAUGCAAAGUAAAUCUAUAUUUUGAAUUUUGCAAUCGUUAUACUUGAAAUUUGUCCGAUUUUUCAAGGCAAUAUCAUUUUUUUUCAAAUUAGGGUAGUUAACUCCAUUUGAAAAACAGAGCAUAAGAAAAUAUUGGCCAAAAACUCAUCUUAUUGAAAACAUGAAUUGAGAUUUUCCUUUCUAUUUGUAGAUUAAAAUUAAUUGUUUGUUACCUAGUCAGUAAAAUACUUUUAUUGUUUUAAAAGGUCACGAAAGCUAUUUCCAUUCGAUUUAACUCCAUUUUGUUUGCUAAUCACAGGGUUUAAUUUCAGCUUGAAAAAAAACGAAAAACACUGGAUAGAAUCAAUGUUGCUUGGCCUUAAUUGAGGCUGUGAUGUUAUCUAGAGAUAAAUCGAUGCUGUAGAAUCAAGUUUAAGCUGUAUACAGUUAUGUUAUUUUCAUUGGUAACUGUACGUACUGUAGGUGAGAGUCUAUGGAAUAUUUAUUGAAUAAUUAUUUGAAUUAUUGAAACAAUGUUCUGAUAUUUUGAUGGAUAAUUGAGAGUGAUAUAUGUUUGAAGGAAAUGGAGUGAAUAUUUAACUUUCGUUUUUUUAAAUUUAUUAUCACUGCUUGAAAAAGACACUGUCGAGAAUAUACUAAAAUUUACAAAUUAA